AUGCCUAAUGGAUCCAAUUCAGACAACACGACUAUAGGACAAAUACAGCCGAUACCUCUGUUUGAACUCACCCAGCCAGGAAAUGUUCCAAUAGUAGUUUUACCACUCUACACGCUAACCUCCAUCGAUAUCACCAAAUUACCAUUUCCACUCCUCCCACCUAAUGAUAGUAAUAUCCAUUCCAGUGAAUAUGGAAGGACCUAUAUCUUGAAACUAGAUUCAAAUAUAAGUGAGCAAUUAGGGAUUCAUACCUGGCUAGUAAAACUUCAACAGAGUGUUUCAGAUAAGGCUAGUGAAUUGGGAAUAUUAUAUCAUAUAAAAGAUGUGAAUGUUUAUGGGUUGUUUAAAGUGCCGAAUGCUUUAAGAAUUAAGGAUAUCACAGGCUCGGAACUUGAACCAUAUGGUAUUCAUGAUAGUCAAGAAUUGAUCGAAGUAGCUGAAACUCCGAUCGAGGAAAGUCAACAACCAGUAAACGACCACACUGAGAUCCUUGAUUCAUUUUCAAUGGGUCCCCCAAAGCAGCCCCUGGACGAUAUAGCACGCGACGAUAACGAGUCUCCUUUGAGGAAGGACGGCCUGGAUCCUGUUGAGUUUAUAGAAUCGAGAUAUUACAGCACCUUGUAUUCGUUGAAUAAUCCAUUGAGUUAUUUUCCCAAGACUGCGAUAUCUCGACUACGUAUAUUAUGCGAUGAAAAUGAGGAACGCAUUUGUGAAGUACUAAGUGGGAUGAUAUUGCUGAUAUCUGACCUUGAUUUAAGACAUGGGGGUUCUAAUGGAGUUUUGAAAUUAUUGGAUAAAGACAUUGUUGAUCAACGACAUAUUUUGAAAUCUAGGUUUGAGAUUGAGAACCAAACACGAUUUAUAGAAAUGCAUCAAGAAUUGCUAGACAAUUUGAAUUCUGACCCAUCAACCGAAUUCAAGAAUGCCAAUCAGGAGUCGAAAGAUAAGAAGGAAGUUCUGAAUCAUGAAAAAUUCCAACGAUUGAUAUUCGAUCUAAAAGUUCGAGAGGCUCAAUUACAAAUCCUCGUAAUAUUUGAACUAAUGCAUGCAUGGAACUUAAACGAAACAGAAUUUCUCUUGGAGAAUCAAGCUCAAAAGCAACGAGAAUUAAAAGCUCGCCAGAAGCAGGCAAAGCUGAAUCUUAUUAGGAAAAGAAAAAGGAAAAUUGUUCCCACAUUCUUAGGAAUGGGAAUUGACGUUAAGACUGACAAUGGAACAUUGGAUACCAAUAAUGUCCCAUCUCGCAGUCUCGACCAAUACACCGUUUAUUCCACUUUGAACACCUUGGUUGAUAGAAUGGGACUUUGGGAUACACUUAGUGGAAAGGCAGAUAGCUCAUAUGGAUUUAUGGCGUAUGUGUUUGUACCUUAUUAUAAUAAGAAGCUACCCGAGUUGGUGAAGUAUGUUAUUGAUAAUAUGAAAGAUUUGAAUAUGAAACUAGAAACAUCUUCUAGUUCCAAACUGAAGAAACGGAAGAAGCUGACAACCGUUACCAAUGGUGAAUCAGAGAUUAAAUCUCAGGCUCACAAAUCGACUUCAAAAUCAUCGAAAUAUAGAAAAGUAUUAUUGCCAAAUCGAAAGCCUACCCUUCUGAAAUCAGCCACGACUGUGGACCAAUCAAGCACACAUGGAAUAUCUCUAUCUGGAGAAGAUGAUAUUAUACCGCCUUCCUUAAAGAGAUCGAAAUCGAACUUAUCUUCCAAGAAUCUAUCAAGACGGCAAGUCGACUUAAACGUCAAGCUAACAAGAACUACUUCCGAUCUAGAAACAACCUUAUCGUCCCAGCCAAAUGUUUCAUUUAUCUUUUCCAAUGCCAAACGACUGAAAUCAGUAGCUGUUGCUCCAUCAAAACCUGCAGCACCUACAGCGCCUCCUGAAGUGCAUGUUAUGGCAACGCCAGUAAAACCGAAAUCCUUUAGUCAAGUUCAACAAACUCCCGUAUAUUCUAAAUCGACAGUAUUGGUUGAAGCUACUCCUCAAAAAUCUGUCACGAGACAGGAUACCCUUGUUCUCAAAACUCCAGAUGCAUUUUUGAAACCAGCAGCAAGAGAGGCAACCAUCUUGACGGAAAGGUUAAUGUCUGCAUCUAAGGAAAUUCAAGCUACCCCACCUGCUAACAAAUCGCCAAUUUUGAUCGAUCGCACGCCUGUACAAAGAAGUCGAGUCGAUUCCUCGCCGAUAAAACCUAUCACCUCGAUCCAGAGAAAGACCAAGAAAAUGAGACCAGGAGAGCCAGUUUCGUUGGAUGUUUCGCCAUUUUAUAAUGCUAGUUUGUAUAAACAAGAGACGAGCCCUGGAUUACCUAAGCGCUCGUUGGUUUUCCGGGAUAACCCAGCAGAAGAAGAGGACGAGGAUAAAGAAUACGACCUGGAUUUCUUGAUACUGCCAAAAAAGAAAGUCGUUACGUAUUCUCGAAAGAAGAGAUUCUAA